CGAAGACCCGAGGAGCCGAGGACCCGAGGAGCCGAGGAGCCGAAGAACCGAAGACCCGAGGACCCGAGGAGCCGACAGGCGCAGAGGGAGACCGGCUCUCUCCUCCUCCUCUUCUUCCUCCUCCUCCUCCUCUUCCUCUUCCUCCUCCUCUUCUUAUUCUUCUUCCUCCUCCUCCUCCUCCUCCUCCUCCUCCUCUUCCUCCUCCUCUUCUUCUUCCUCCUCCUCCUCCUCCUCCUCCUCUUCCUCCUCCUCUUCCUCCUCCUCCUCCUCCUCCGUGUCUCUGCAUCUGUCCCGGUGUCAGUCGGAGGAUGAGUCCGCCUCCCUCGUCUCUGUGACGGAGGAUCCUCAACGCACCGGACACCGGAGCCUGCAGUCGACCAUGCCGCUGGUCAAGCGCGUCAUUGAUCCCAGAUACCUGUGUCGCGGGACUCUGCCUGACGGGGUCGCCAGUGAGCUGGAGUGUGUCACCAACAGCACCUUGGCUGCCGUCAUCAAACAGCUCGGAGGACUCAGUCGUCAUGCGGAGGACAUCUUCAGCGAGCUGUUCGUGGAGGCCAACAGCUUCUACCUGAGGAUGACCAACCUGCAGGAGCGAGUGGACCUGCUGUCAGUGAAGGUCACACAGCUGGACUCCACUGUGGAGGAAGUUUCUCUGCAGGACAUCAACAUGAGGAAGGCUUUCAGGAGCUGUACCAUCCAGGACCAACAGGUGGUGUCCCGGAGCUCAAUCCUUAACCCGGUGCUGGAGAUGUUCCAACACUGUGACAAACCACCUCCCCUCAACAUCCUGUCCCCCUACAGGGACGAUAAAAAAGAUGCUCUGAAGUUCUACACUGACUCUUGUUACUUCUUCAACCUGUGGAAAGAAAAGAUGCUUCAGGCGACGGAGAACAAACGUAAAGAGAAGAGACGACAGAAGGAGCAGAAACAUGUGGACGAGUCUUCUGGACGUGAAGUGAAGAAGGUUCGUAAAGCUCGUAAUCGGCGGCAGGAGUGGAACCUGAUGGCCUUCGACAAGGAGCUCCGCCCAGACGCUCGAGUGACACCGUCCCCUUACCACACCUCCGACGGCUCAGAGUCACCUGACAGGUCAGACGACCCCUCCUUCCCCGCCAGCCACUACCCACAUGACGCCCAGGGGCAUGAUGGGAAGGAUCACGUGACAGCGGUGACAGGCGGUCAGACUCAGUCGCUGGACCGAGCUCUCCGACCCAACGCUGUGGUCGCUCCUGUUGCCGCAGCAACCCCCCGCCAGCACUCUCUGGGCCGCAACCAGCUGCAUCAGCACCGCCCACUGCCACUCGCUGGCUCGACCAAUCAGAACGGAGCACGGACCAAUGUCGCCAAGGAGGCCAAUGACCAUCAGAUCCCUCCGGCCCCUCCCCCGCCCCCCCCUCUCGUGCCAUCAGUGGGACAGAUGGGAUUCACCUCCACCCACACUGCUGCCAUGGCAACCCCACUGCAUCCUGCAGUCGCUCCUGGCAACCCAGGUGUCUACAGCCCCUCCCCUCCCCCCCUUCCCCUAGCCGACUACGUACCCUCCCCCUCCCGCCCCGGAUGCCAGGCCCCGCCCUCGGCCUCUGUGGCGCCCCCGUUGCCCCCGGUGACGGAUGGCAGGAAGCCUCCUGGCAGACCCAACGUGCCGAUAAACGACGCCCGCAGCGACCUGCUGGCUGCCAUACGCAGAGGGAUCCAGCUGAGGAAGGUUCAGGAGCAGCGUGAGCAGGAGGAGGCCAAGAAACGAGAGCCAACAGGAAAUGAUGUCGCCACCAUUCUGUCGCGGCGCAUCGCCGUGGAGUACAGUGAAUCAGAGGAGGAGUCUGAACCCGAGGACCAGGAGUGGUCCGACUGAGGAGGGGGAGGAGUUUAUAAUAUAAUCAUCAUCAGUUAUGAUCUGCUCUCCUGUAGCGACCCCCUCAGGACUAACAGGUUGGUGAUGAACCCUGUGGCCUGCAGGGGGCGCCGCCAUCAGUCCGCACCAAUGUACAUUAUCGUGUUCAAGUGGUAAAAAUAAUAAUGACAGUAAAUAUUUGGUGUUUUAUGAUUAAAAAGAAGAACAGCUGGCACUCACUCUUCUUCUUCAUGGAUAAAAUAUGUUUCGACUUCCUUUCUGACCUGUGGUCAUUUUUUUGUGUCAUGUGACUUAUUGUUUUCCUUUCUUCAUCCACGUGUUUUUGUUCGACAGCAAGUUUCAGCAUAGGAUUUGUUGGUUGCUAUUUUAACUAGAGUGCACGUGCAUUCAAUUCAUCAGUAUUUCCUGUCUGAUGAUGUCAUCGCUGACACUGAUGAUGUAAACAAUGACCUGUCAACAUGUAAUGAGGGGGCAUGUACUCCCUGUCCUGUACCCUCUGUGAUUGGUUGUGGAGAUUUAUUGAUCUGUGAUUUGUGAUUUGCAUGUUGGUGGAAAAAAUAACAAAUGAAUGAAACUUU